AAGUCUGCGGCGAACAGUUAUUUGAGGAACGGGACGAAUGACUUCGGGAGGGCGAUGAAGCAGGGGUUCGGGUUGUUCUGGAAAUCUGGUGAAGGGUGGUGUGAUAGGUGCACCAACUCUGAAGGGGUCUGCGGGAACGAUCCGAAGACGGAGGACGGAGGGGCUUGCUUCUGUUCGAAUUGGUCGAGCGAUAAUGGCACUUGUGUUCCGCUCUUCAAGAAAGGCAGUGGAGCACCAAGGACAAUUAUUGGAGUAGGUUCUGCUCUAGGAGCAAGCUUCCUCUUGGUAUGUCUAACUCUCUAUUUGCGCAAGAAUAGAAAGGUUUCCAAUGAUAAACAUAUUGAAGUAUUUCUAGAGGAAUAUGGAGCUUUGGCCCCUAAAAGAUAUUCAUAUUCAAAUGUGAAAAAAAUAACCAAAGCUUUUCAAGAGAAACUCGGACAAGGUGGUUUUGGCACCGUGUUUAAGGGCACUCUCAGCAAUGGUCAUUUGGUGGCAGUAAAGAUAUUAAAAGAUACUCAAAGUGACGGGGAAGAAUUUAUCAAUGAAGUUGCAAGCAUUUGUAGGACUUCUCAUGUCAAUGUUGUUAGCCUUUUGGGCUUUUGCUAUGAGGGAUCAAAAAGAGCACUCAUCUAUGAUUUCAUGUGCAAUGGUUCACUUGAGAAAUUGCUCUACGCAGAGAAACCGAAAACAACUCUGGAGUGGGAAAACUUGUACCGGAUCGCAAUUGGCAUUGCUAGAGGGCUGGAGUAUCUGCAUCGUGGAUGCAAUACACGCAUAGUACAUUUUGACAUCAAGCCUCAUAAUAUAUUGCUUGAUCAAGAUUUUUGUCCCAAGAUUUCUGAUUUUGGACUUGCAAAAUUAUGCCAAAAGAAAGACAGUAUAAUUUCCAUUGCAGGUGCUAGAGGAACCAUUGGAUAUAUUGCGCCAGAAGUUUUCUCAAGAAAUUUUGGAAUGGUGUCGAGUAAGUCAGAUGUUUACAGUUAUGGAAUGAUGGUGCUAGAGAUUGCUGGAGGAAAAAAGAAGCUCAAUGAAGGUGGCAAUAGUAGUGAAGAAUAUUUUCCUCAUUCGAUAUAUGAACAUUUAAAUAAACAUGGCAACCUAUUAGCUUAUGGAAUGACUGCUGAAAGUGAAGAAACCGUAAGGAAAAUGAUAUUGGUUGGCUUAUGGUGCAUUCAAACAAUGCCUCAGAAUCGACCUCCAAUUAACAGAGUUAUAGAGAUGUUGGAAGGUAGUGUUAAUGACUUGCAAGUUCCACCACGGCCAUAUCUAUCUUCAUCCCCAUUGCGAUCAGUUAUCGGUAUUUCAUCUCUUCAGGAUAUUUGUUCGGAUGAUUGCAGUUCUAUAAUUCAUUCACCACAAGUACUUUAGUGGGAGAAGAUAACGCUUGUAAUCACUUAAGUAAUGCGUUUGAUGUAUGUUAGUCGGUUCGAACUCUUUGAAGCAUAAGUUCUGGGAAAAAAGAAAAAAAGGUGCUCUAUAAAAUUUAAAUAUUGUUGGCCGUAGGAGAAUCUACUGUGAGAACAAUAAAUUUUCAUAUUUUUUUCUAGUUAGUGUAGCUAGUUGUAUCAUCUGUACUUGAAGCUUGUACAUUUUCAUCACAACUUCUUGUUGCAAAUGCAACUACACAAGGAAGAUUCAGAAGCUGUGGAUCAAAAUGCCAGUUUGUAUCUUCCAUGUUCAAGAUUCUUCUUCUUCAAUAUAAUUAGAGCUACAGGGAAAACGUU